UUUAACGUUGCGUGACAUCCCCAAUCCCAAAUGACAUACUACACGCAAGGAGGAAAGUAAAGCGCGGGAAAUACUGAAUUCUGGGAUCUGGGAAGCUGAGCAGCGCGCUUACUUUCGCGCCGUCUUCGAUCAAUCCUCUUCGGUUGCCGACCACAUAAUGUGAUGGCGUAUGUUCUGAGUCAGAUGCCUGUGCAUUGUAGCACAGGGCAGUUGUUGAAAGAACCUGAUGUUCUACCCAAGUUAACUUGUCUAUUUGAGAAAGAAAUUGUUCAUGAGACAACAGAGAACGUCAAAGAAAGCAAUUGUGUGGAGCCUCAAGAAAAAAAUGGGGAGGAAUUAAUGAUUGCCCAUUGUGAGGUUUCUGAAAUUGCCUGUAUCAUCAAACUUCAAGAUGGCAGUACGGAAGAAGACAAGGAAAAAAGAGAAAUAGUUAUUGAUAUUGUUUCUUGUGAGGAUCAGGAGAUGGCUUUUGAUAUGAAACCCAAAGCUAAUGAUGAUAUUAUGACUCAAACUAAUUCCAUCCUUAGUGAGGUGUUUCAGAUCAAUUCUGAUGUUAAACUGGAAGUGAAUGGCAAUGAAGAUCAAUUUGUAGACAUUAUUUCUUGUGAGGAUGUCAAGGAAGCUAUUGUAACCUCCAAUGCUGGUACCAUGCAAAACAAACCAAAACUUAAAGAAUUUAUUAUUCCCUUGCAGAAACUACGGGUUUCUACAAAUUAUGUCAACAAAAAGCCUGAAGUGGAGGAAGAUGAGUACAUUUUUUGUAAUCACUGUGACAAACUGCGUAUUGGUGAUUGUUCAGUUCAUGGAGGCCUCAGAUGGAUAAAGGAACCAACAGCUGUUAUGGAAAAGGAUGGGUUGACUAGGGCAAGGUCAACCAUUCCAAGUAGCAUGGAUUUGAAGAUUUCAAGUAUUCCUGAUGCUGGUCUAGGGAUCUUUGCCAAAGAAAGAUUCGAAGCAGAUGUUGUGUUCGGCCCCUACUGGGGUGAUAAGAUUGAUGUGGCAGAUUUAACACCAAAUAUGGAUCAGAGCUAUAUGUGGGAUAUAAUUGAAAAUGGACGUGUCACUCACGUUGUCGAUGCUCGCGGUGAAGAACACAGUAACUGGCUGCGCUUCGUCAACUGUGCUCGUAAUGAAGAUGAGCAGAAUCUUGUAGCCUUCCAGUUCCGGGGUGAAAUCUAUUAUCGUUCCUUCAAGACAAUAGAGCCCGGAAUGGAGCUCCUAGUGUGGUAUGGAGACAAAUAUGCAUGUGAUUUGGCCAUCUUAAACAAAGACACCACAAGAAAAAUGGAAGGUGGACCGAUACAGUGCCAAAAGUGUUUCGUGGUGUGUUCUGGGCCAGUUUCUUUUGCCAACCACAACAAGUUCCGUUGCCAACUGAACAAUGAUCAUCACCGUUGGCGGUGCAUACACUGCGACAGAAGUUUUAAAGAUCAAAAACGUCUUCAUUUUCACAAGUACAUCCAUAAAGGGGUAAAGCCGUUCACAUGUGGAGUUUGUGGUAGCGUGUUCGCAUUUAAAUCAUCGAAGGAUAGGCAUCACAAACAGAUGCACUCGGCGGUAACAUCGAACUGCCGUUGCAGCAUGUGUUCCAGUGUAUUCAACAAUAAAAGCAGGCUCUGGCAGCACGAAAGGACAGUUCAUGCGGUAAAACGUUUGUCCGAUGGCUCCUUUGAAUGUUUAGAGUGCCAGAAGCGUUUUACCCAAUUGGUGAACCUACAGAGGCACAGGAAACAGAAGGCGCACUCUGAUUCUAAAGAAUUUAGCUGUAAAACAUGUAGUAAGGUUUUCAAGAAGGAAGAAAAUUUGGUUAGACAUGAAGCUCUGCACAAACCUUCAGGACCCUUUACAUGUUCCGAAUGCGGGAAAUUUUGCCUGUCUAGCAAUGACUUACGCAAACACAUACUUCAUAACCAUGCUAAGGUGGACGCCAACAAAGCUGUAGAGGGAUCUAAGUCUGACAAAGAAGUAAAUAUCACACAGGGUUCUUCCGAAAAGCGCAAAGUUAGGGAUACAUUGGAUUGUCACAUUUGUAAAAAGGAGUUUCUCUAUACCUUUACCUAUUCUAAACACAUGCGCGAAAAGCAUCCGCGAUAUAAGGUUGCUAGGUGCGGUAUAUGUUCAAAGGUUUGCAAUGAUAAACGUCGUUUGGCUUUACAUAUGGCCACCAGACAUCGAAAAUCAAAGAGCAGUGCCAAAUUGAAACCGAUCAUUUCCGACAGUGGAGGAAAAGCAUCAAAAGGUAUGUAUCAGUGCGAUCUUUGCCCAAAAAAGUUCACGUUGCUCGAGUCAUUGGCUGCACAUAUUGGUCAUCAUAACCGGCGAAAAAUUUUAGACAAUCACAGGUCUUGUAAAAGGAAAGUUCUCGCUAAGCCGUCCUUGAAUGGAAAGUCUUCUCCUAAGCUUGGUCCAACCGCAACCUUCAACUGUAAAGUCUGUAACAAGUCAUUUGAAACUUGGACUUCUUUACGUUCCCACGUCGCCUACCACAGCCGUAGUCCUUCCCAAAGUAGUGAAAAGGCUUCUGGUGAGCUUCUUCCAAGUUCUUCACGGCAAGAUCGCCUCACCUUAAGAAAUACUGCUGGUUCAACUUUCAGUUGUAAAGUCUGCAACAAAUCAUUUGAAAGUUUGACUUCCUUGCGAUCCCACAUCGCUCACCACAGCCGCAGGCCUUCCCAGAGUGGUGACAAGUCUUUUUGUGAGCCCCUCUCAAGCUCUUCAAGGCAAGCAAAGCCCCCUUUAAGAAGUGCUGCAAGUUCAGCUUUUGAUUGUAGAAUCUGCAACAAGUCAUUUAAAUCUGUGAAGGCCUUACGCUGCCAUAGCACCGACCACUGCCAUAGUCCAUCUCAGAAGAGUUUGAAGUCUUUAACUGCUUUUACCAGUGAUGCAUUUCCUUCGAGUUCCUCGUCGCAAGUUCGGCAGAAGAUUCCUCAGCCCAGCAAAGAUUUAUCUGGCACUCAGUUGGUGCCAGGUUCAAAGAAAAGUGUAUCAUUAGUGAGCCCCUCAAAGCAGUUUAUUUGUGAAGUAUGUGGGAAAGGAUUUCAUCUGAAGAAAACUCUGCAAUCUCAUAGAGGACACCACUUCCGGAAUCGUCACAUGUUAAAUAAACACGGCAACCGUUCUGCUUCUCAGUCAAAGAGUAAGACAAUGGACGCUUCAAAAUUUAAAUGCCGCCAUUGUGUCAAGCACUUCAUGACAUACAGUGGGCUCUCCAAACACAUGCGGAAGUUACACGUUGACUUCAGUUUCUCUUCCCAAAGCAGUGCGAGUAAAAUGAAGUUUACGAGUGUUACUAGGAAGUGUAGACACUGCAGCAGCGAGUUCCAGACUGCCGAUGGCUUGCGUAAACAUCUGAGGAACAAACACCCGAAGCAGAUGCAUGAUCCCGAUGAAGAGUGUAGGCCAAGAAGAAUAAACGAGUAUAAAACCACCACUGUUAACAAAAAACAAUGUCGUCGUUGCAAAGUUAAAUUCUUUCCUUCUCAAAGUGUCAAGCGAUCGUACUGUAUGCGCUGCUGUAGGAACUUGAGCAGCGCAAGUGAAUCUAUUAGUCCACCAUCUAGGCAGUCAUCUAUUAACAGUAAUAUUCAGAAGAAUGUGCAGUCCAUUGGACGGAAAAGAAAUCUAAAUCAUUUAUCGAUGUCAUCCAAAAAGAUAUCAAUGAGGGCUUUCCAGUGCUACUACUGUCAGGAGGGUUGUUCAACAAUUAACAGUCUCUUCAAACAUAUGAUAGUUGUUCACCGAAAUGACUUUGGAUCGAAUCCCGCUGGUUCCCGUAAACCCUUGGAUUAUCUGUCAGAAAAUGAAGCCCAAAACAACACUAGGAACAUGCAAAACUUUCAGACCAAGACCUGCCUUUGGAGUUGCCAGUACUGCAAUAAACAACUUCAGACUGAGAGUGGCUUAAGGAAACAUGUCAAGAACAUACACGGAAAAAAGGUUCACGUUUCUAAUCAAAGGACUAAGUUAGAGAAGAACAACUGCAAUGAAAGUAGUGAUAGCAACAUGGCUGAGUCAACACGCGUUUGUCGACUUUGUAAAGUUAACUUUUCCUGUAACAAAAGUCGUGACUGCUUAAGUUGUAGCGGAAAACUGUUGAGCCAAAAGAGUGUUAGUAGUUCGCAGAUAGAAGAGAGAAGAAGUCGCCCACAUCGUUCAACGACACUUUCAACAAGGAAUGAUGUAGGGGCAUUUAGGUGUUUGUACUGCCGUAAAGGUUUCUCUACAAUUAACAGCUUCUACAAGCACUCGGUGAUUGCACACAGUCACUCUCCCAAGAAACCGUUCAGUAGCCAAGUUUCAAGUGAUUCCAACAGCAAUUCUAUUCAGUGCGUACCGACAAAUUUUGCUCCUUGGAAAUGUGAGGACUGUGGUAAAAGAUUCCAGAGCUCCAGUGGUUUUACCAGGCAUGUCGCGAAUAAACAUGGUAAGAAAAGGAGGUCUAGUGUGGGCCGCGAGUGUCAAUCAAAAGGAAAGUGUAACUCAAAAGGAAAUAGUCGCCAAUUGGUUAAAGGAAAAAAGCCUCCUCUACAAAUCACAGCGUCAGAAACUAUUAGUAAUUGUGAAAAGGGCAAUGCUCCACUCAGCGCCCGACUUUCCCCAGCUGCAACAGUGAUGAGCGAGACGGUCACAAACAAAUUGCUUCGCAAAAGGACAAAACGCACCAAUUUAACUUGUCGUUACAAGUGUAAACAAUGUGAGAAAAGCUUCACCUCCAGUUCUGGACGUUGGAGGCAUAUGAAUGCGAUGCAUAAGAAGAAAAAUGAAAGAUGUGAAGGAGUCUUACCUGCAAUUCAAAAUUUCAAGCAAAAAUCAGAUGGAAGAGCUUUUCCGUGCGAGUCCUCCCCCAUGAAAUUUUCUUGUCUUGGUGAUCAUUCUAAGGAUGUUAUGCUAGUCCAUUCACGAAAAAAUAUCCCUUCACCGUCCAAAGUUUGCCAUCUAAAACUCGACGCGUCCGGUGAAAGUUCAGCUAUGAGAGACGAGAAAUCGUUUUGCCACCAAGAUUGUAUUUGCUUUGAAGGAAGGGCGCCCAAUGCGAGCCGCGACCGUCAGCAAGAACACGAGAAAGCAAGGUGGCUUAACAGGAGAUCAGAAGGGAAACUUAAUGGCUUUGUAUCCAAUCUGAAAGAUCCGAUGUGUGCGGAUCGAAGUCUCGAUUCAUCCGCGCCCUUAAUUACUGUAACGAGCGUUGAGAGUCUGUCUAAUAAGAUUCAUGACGGAAAGUCAUCCAAGCAGCAUAGCUCCUCUUCGUUGGGCGAUGUUCAUCCGUCUUAUUGUGGUUCCAACCACCGCAUAAAAGUUUUACCCACGUUGAGAGUAAACAGCUCACCAUACAAAUGUGUAAUUGAUUGCGACAGUUCCUCUACGAAAAGGAAACUAUUGGAACACAGCAACAAAAGUCACAGUGGUAACGCUUUAUCCAGCAGCAACGGACUGUCAAGGCCGGCGUUGAGAAACAUUACAUGUUUGCAAAACGGCAACGAGGUAUGUUGCUGAAGCGGACUGUUACGUAAACGAAGGAAGGGAAACUAACAAGUGGCAUCUGAGGAAGUCGCCAGCGGUUUAACUGGAAUUUCAACGAGAAAUGGAAGAACACUAAUUGUAGCGCCCUGUUUGCAAUCAAAUAUUCGAUUUUAACUGUGCAAGCUGAGCAAAGUAACGGAAUCAUUCCAACGAUUCUGGAAUUCCUACUCAUAAGAAAAACCAUAAGGAUGUACCUCUGGCACUCCCUUAGACAGUUUUCCCAUGAUGAUGUUUAUUGUAUAUAAAAUGAAAAUAGGCAUCGAAAAUUUACUUUCCUUAUGCUUUACUUUUAUCGAUGGCUUUAGAAAAAGUGAUUUUAUUGUAAUCUGUUUUUAGCGCUAUAAAUAAGAUAUUUCCAUGUCUUUUACUCGCACAGUUAUUGUGAAUGUUGAAGAUUUGAAUAUAAUAUUAACCCAAAACACGUUUGCAAGGUUUAGUCUAACUCUUUCUAUAGUUUUAUGCAUAUCCAGUAUUAAUAAAUUUAUUCUAUGAAAUUCC